GCGGCGCUGGCGCUGGGCAGUUCGACUAGGCAGCCAAAAAUCAAAAGUUCGCGCUUACAGCUUGAAUUGACUUGAACGGCGGAAAAGUGUCGAGCGCUCGAACUUGUACUCUUUGUGAUGGUCAGGCUCACGGCAGAGCUCUUGACCCGGACAGAGUCAUAUCUCAAUGGACUCAAGGACAGGGAGCUUGAUCUGCGAGGGCUCAGUAUACCAGCGAUAGAGAACUUGGGCGUGACGCGGGAUCAGCUGGACACGCUCGACUUGUCAGACAAUGCCAUCACUUCACUCUCCAACUUGCCGCACCUGAGGCGACUCAAGACGCUCUACUUGGCCAAUAACCCCAUAGCGAGCAUUGCCUCCAAUCUCUCGACACAAGUCCCCUUCUUGCUAUCUCUGAGCCUGGUAGCGAGUCAGAUCGCUCAGCCAAACGACUUCAACGCGCUUCACGGGCUGAAACAUCUCGAGUUUCUAGCAAUAAGAGGAUCGCCUGCCGCGGAACUACCCCAUACGAGGUUAUGGAUCAUCCAACAGUGCCCUUCGAUCAGAUUCAUCGACUCUGAAAAAGUCAAGCUAAAGGAGCGACAAGCAGCCAAAGCCCUGUUCGUUGCAGAAGAUGGCACGCCAACAGAUCUUGCAAAGACAUACUCGCAAGUUUCAAAGAACAGCGCGGCGCUCGAGUCAGACUCAGCGACGCUCAUGUCGAACGGCCGCCCGACAAAGGCUUCACGAACCUUCGAGCCCGGUCAGCCAUUGUCGACCGUCAAUGGCCAGGGCGGCGAAAAGGGACGACUACUGACGGCAGAGGAGCGGGAGAGGGUACGGAGUGCGAUAGAACGCGCAAAGAGCGUAGAAGAGGUCAAGAGGCUCUCGACGAUGCUCGAACAGGGCUUUGUGCCGUCCCAGCGAGACCUCAAAACAUUGGCGGGCUCGAGCGCGAUGGAUACAUCGUCCGUGCGUCUCCUUUUCGCAGUCGCCUCUCUUGCUUCGAGUCCCCAUGGUACUAGCGUGGUGCUGGCUGAACGUGCCGCAAUGACAGCGUCGGACCGUAACAUUAGCCUUUACGGCAUAGCAUGGAGUACAGCAGCAUCGAUCAUAAUCUCAAGUAUCAUCGCAUCAAUCAUCGUUUUCGCCGUUCGCCACCAUCCUCACAUUCUUACCCCCAGAUGCUGGAGCGUUCCGGACAGUGCACAGCGACCCAGGGCACCAGACUGGUCGUAUAUAAAGAGGAUACUUUGUCCACUUCCACUUCGAACGCUGAGGCCGAGGGACGCGCUCUCGGACGAGGAGCUACUUGGACGAUUCGUGCAGAUCUGCGCUCUCCUUUGCACGGCAUACGCCAUCACCGGCAUUGCCCUCCUGCCGCUCUUCAUCAGUGGCGCCCCUGCUGCAUCUCGUACCGAUCCCGUUCUGCUCGAUUGGACAAUCCUGCGACUCCUACAGGCGAUCGACGCAGAUGGUCACACCAUUUCAGAUCGCUUCAUAGGACUCGAUGUGACCGUUCGUCUCCUCAUCCUUCUCAUCGUCUCGCUCUUCAUUGGAGCAAUCUUGCCUACCGCUUGGCUUCUUAACGAAUACUUCGUCACGCUAGAUCAUCGCAAACACUUUCUGCGAUACAAGUGUGCUGGCGAGCAGAUGACCUUCAUUGACGGCGGAGACCCCGCUUUCGCUGCUUUGCAUGAUCUCGGCGAGUUCGAAUGCAGACAAAAGCUAGAAAGCCUGCUCAGGCGCCAAUUCCGACAGACGGCGCGCGUUUUCGCGGUCUACGCGAUCCCAGACACUUCAGACUUGGCAGCAUGCCAUUCUGCUUGUACAGACGCACUCCACAAGCUUGAGGCGGCAGAAUACAAGUAUAUCAUGCUGUUUCGAGACUUUCGUGCCGACAAUAGCGAGCUCUACGCCGUCAAACGUCGCCUUUCGAAGAAAACCAGCCAGAACAGGCGCAAGCCUCCAGCCCGUCUCGAUGAUGUACACAUGACACCUCUCAUGCCGUUGCAGGGUCAUCAGAUGCAAUCUGCGAUGAGCUCCAUGAGCGAGUUGGGCUUGUCCAUCGCCGGUGAACUCGAGCGCCGACGCAACAUGCCAGCCGUCAGCGUGACGCCCCACUCACCGUACUCCAUUGGAGCCGCAAGAGAUCAGGCCAGACUCCUCCCGCAGCCGAGCUCGAUGUCGCUGCCAGGCGCAUCGCUUACUCGGUCAAUGAUGACAACAGACCAAUUUGACACUUUCCGUACGGCUCAGAUGGAGCCUCACCCGCCGCCGCACGAACGUCAACUCACACCGCAAGCAAGACGCAUCAACUUGUUCGGACCUUGCCUGCAGCUCAAAGAGUCUGUAGAAUAUGCAGAGCUCGAGAGGCGCUAUGCCGACUUGCUCACGCACCGAGGAAAUUUGCGACGCCUGUCUAAGCAAUUCGUCGAAGCACAGACUGCUGCAUAUGCCUGUGCUGCGACGGGACAACACAUACGAGGCUGGACGGUCAUUGGCAACGAGUUGCAUCACAUGAAGGGCGUCACGCUGUUCGAGGGCCCCAGCAGAGAAGGCGUUGAUUGGCAGGCCAUACAGAGAUCAGGCCCGUGCAGACGCUCCAGCAACGUCGCUUGCUUCUUGGUUGCUCUCGGCCUAUUUGCCUUUCAAGUGAGCAUCGGCAUCAUCGGCGGUCUGCUUGCCUCUAUCAACGUUGCAGACCAGAUCGACCACUGGCACGCUCUGACGCGGCUCAGACAGGCACGCAUAGGGUCGCCAUUCACGAAGAGCAUCUCAGCGUCCGUUUUACCACUCAUUGUCUACGCAUUCGGCACCCUUGUUACCCUUUCAAUAGCAUCCAGAUUGCGAUCGAGUGCACUUUCGACUAUACGGUCUGUCCGCCACGGACUUCUUUGCGUCAUCAUUUUUGGGCCGGCAGCGGUGAUACUUGGCCCUUCGAUAGGCUCACUCGUCUUUUAUUUGCAAGAUUCAACUCCAGGAGGCUAUGACAUUGCACCUGCGCUCGUCAAUGCGCAAGCCCUGCUUCUUUAUAUUGGUUUUGCCACCCUCUUCUGCGUUCCAGCUGGCAUCAUCUUGGACCGGAUACCUCUGACCAUCGUGAGGUAUCGGAGACAUUCAAGAACACCCCGACACGUUCAUCAAACAUUUUUUCCCGGACACGCGCCUACCGCGCUCAUCGUCGCAGUAUCGCUUGUAGCUGUAGCUAUCUGCGCUCUCUACCAUUCGACAGCGCCUGUCGUUUCGAUUCCCUUUGCGCUGAUGCUCAUUGUGCUAGCAUCCAUCGUACGGUUCUCCGGCGCUUAUCGAUACCGACAGCGAAGUCAGACAGGCGGUCUAGUACACAUGGAUGCGCUUUGUGGCGCCAUGCUUCUGCCAGCAACGAGCCCAAUCUUCACAGGAGUCAUCCUGUUCACACGGCGCGGCGGAGUCUCGCCCGAUCCCUUCGCCUCACCACCACGUAUCGUCGCACCGCCAGACUCGCCACAUCGUGCGUUUCGAACAUCGUGGGCCGGAGUCUUCUCGCCAUUGACGCGCUCGUCGCCCAUGCAUCAUGCUGCACGCUUUGCCGUUUCGUGCGAGUCUAAUCCCUCAGAGCUCACGCUUCCACUCGUGGACGAGUCUGUUGACGCUUCCGAAGAACCCGACACGGCAUUCGAGCGAAAUCCAAGCUCGGACACAACUCGAAUCGUGUCUGCGAUCCGACGCUCACCGCAGAGAACGCUUUAUCCGCCCCUGUUGACAUACCCCAAAGUUACCGUUUGGCUGCCGCAUAACGAGCUCAUCGCACAAGAUGAAGCAUACGAUCUCGAGAAUUUCUGGCAGCUCUCAGCUCGCGCAACGAAAACAUAG